UGGUGUUUGUUUAUUAAGGAGCAUUGGAGCACUUUUAUAGUUGAAGAGGAUUUCAAGUUCAUAGCUAGUAAUGGAUUAAAUGCAGUUAGAAUUCCAGUGGGUUGGUGGAUAGCAAGUGACCCAACUCCACCAUGGCCUUACGUUGGAGGUUCAUUGCACUCACUAGACAGUGCUUUCUCAUGGGCCCAAAAAUAUGGAUUGAAAAUCAUUAUUGAUCUUCAUGCUGCACCUGGUUCUCAAAAUGGUUUUCAACAUAGCUCGACAAGAGACGGAUCACAAGAAUGGGGAAAAUCAGAUGAAAACAUCCAACAAACAGUUGAUGUUAUAAGUUUCCUAACUGCAAGGUAUGCAAAAAGCCCUAGCCUAUAUGCAGUUGAGCUCUUAAACGAGCCACUGUCUCCUGGUGUGACACUAGAGAUCUUGAACAAAUAUUAUAAAGCUGGUUAUGAUGUGGUGCGGAAACACUCGAACACGGCUUAUGUGGUUAUGUCGAAUAUACUUGGACCAUCAGAGCACAAGGAACUCUUUCCUCUUGCUAAUGGUUUUACGCGGUCCGUGAUUGAUGUCCAUUACUACAACAUUUUUGAUGAUUCGUUCGAAAACAUGACUGCCCAACAGAACAUUGAUUUUAUUUACAACAACCGCUCAUCAGAUUUGAAUUUUAUUACAACAUCAUAUGGUCCUCUUACUUUUGUUGGCGAAUGGGUUUCUGAUUGGCGAGUUAAGAAUGCUACGAAAGAAGACUUCCAGAGAUUUGGCAAGGCCCAAAUUGAUGUUUUCGGUCGAGCAACAUUUGGUUGGGCUUACUGGGCUUUUAAGAAUGCAAACCUGCAUUGGAGCCUUGAGUGGAUGAUUAAUAAUGGUUACAUAAAGCUUUAGAAAGCUGUUUCUAUAUCGCAAAAUAAUAAAGUUAGAUUCAACUUAGUUUUGGGACUUGUAGUUCACUGUGGUUUUUUUUAUAGGUUAUUUGUGAUCUACUUGGUGACAAUAUUGAUCAUACAUAUGUUAAGUCUCAGAGUUUAUGUUCUUCAUCCAUAACAGAAGAAACAAAUAGAUUGUUUCAUGAAGAAGAUUGAAAAUAGUGAUCCUUACUAGAAAUGUAUAAUUCGACUGUUAGAGAAUGUGUCUAAAUGCCUUUUCUUAUCACGGAUACAGAUAGUAUCUAUGUGAAAAAUAUUUUACUUCUAUAGACUAAGAAUGGAACGAUAUUCACGGUUCAAU